AUGUCCGGACCUCUACGUCAAAGAAUCGCCACCGCCUCUCGUUACGCCAAAGCAACUCUAGAAGCUGUACAGAUCAACACGAAAGUAAAAACUUAUGACACUUUCGUUUCGGAAACGUCACCAUUUCUUGAUCUUAUUGAAGAAAUCCAUGACAAAUUAGCUGAUUUAUCUACGUGCCAAGCCAUACUCUCUAUGGCCCUCAACCGCUUAACUGCCACUCUCCCUCAACCGACGACAAAUCCAACUAUACAACUCAAACUCCCCACGCUACAAAUACCAAACUAUGCUAAUACUGAUGUUCGAAAAUGGCCACAAUUCCGGGCCUGUUUUACACACUCAGUCGAUGAGCGCCCUCUAUCCACCAUCGACAAAUUUAAUUGUUUACUGUCUUAUUUAGAAAGGGAAGCUCUUUUAAAAGUUGCCGGGUAUUCUAUAAUGCCGGAAAACUACGGUAUUGUGAAAAACGCACUGGAACCAUUACGGAAAUCCCGCGCUGCUCAAAAAGAAGCUGUUCGAGGAACUCCAACAAUGCCGCCUACCAAAGGUAUGCUUGAUUUUGCUUUCAAUCAAAUUGAACGCAUUAUUGGCUAUUUGGAGCAACAAAGUGAGAACGUCACUGACAACGUCGCUCUCGAAUCACUAAUCGAACCAAUGCUACCAAAAACACCAUUGCUCCAGAUUUGCACAAAAAAAUUGCACCUGCCCAACUGGAAGCUUGAGAACCUCCGGAACAAAACUGAAGCAGCACCUCUCGUAAGAAAAUACGCAGCUCAAACCCUACUUGCUUCAUUUGUCCGUUCGACAAGUCCAGCAAACUUACGUGCUCAAAUUCAUAAGUCUUCCAACAAAAAAAUAGUUGCCACUUCGACACCAAAAGCGGCCAAAAGCGACACCAGCAGACUACAUUCCCAAGUGUGCAUUCUGCCAAGAGCAACACUGGUCCGACAUUUGCCAGAAAUACGCCGAUGCAAAGAAUCGGACUUCUCGCGUUUAGGAUUCAAGAAUUUGUUUCCGAAUGCAGGAGACGAUAAUGAAAGCAUCGCGGUUCUUACUUCUCAAACCCAGUUGCAAAAAAAUGGACACUUGACCAAAAUCACGGAUAGCUUCCUUCUCACCAAACCCACCAAAGCUCUCAACCUGUACCAGCCACAUCUUCAUGAAAAAACAGUAGUCCUGUUUGACCUAAAUAAUCAAAAAUCUUUUAUCACUUCUGACUUGGUAAACCGCCUUCACUUACAACCAUCGAAACGAGAACAACUUUUGGUCACUGGAUUUGGCCAAAGGCAAUUAGCACCCGUUCAUUCAAAUGUGAUAGAAGUUGAGAUUCGCACCACUAAUGGACAAAUAAAGCAGCUGGCCGCCAACACUACUGCAACAACCAUCGGCAGCACGACAACCUUGUCUGUGAACGAAAAUAACCUCAAAGUUUUGCAAUGUCAGCAACCCACAAUGCUUCAGAAGCGCACCACUACACCAGAAAUACUAAAUGGGAUCGACGCUUUCUUUCAUUUUGUAGACUUCCAAUCGGUAUUCCACCACAAGCCAGGCUUUGUACUGCUCGAUUCUCUUACCGGUCCAAUUCUCGGAGGCAAAGGAGAAUAUCGCCAUUAUAACAACAGUCAACAACUCCUACCAGCAAACUACACAAGUGCAGUUGCGAAAAUAGAUCUCCGGCAAUUUUGGGGCCUUGAAGCAAUUGGAAUCCAUGAAUAA